CACUGGGAGGGCUGGAGACGUGCUUUGCAUUGGCAGGCUGAUGAGGACACGUGUCUCCUCCCUGCCUCCCCCUCCGGGCUCCACGGUACCGCAUUGGCAUCAGUAAAGGCACCUGAAAACCCGACGACCGACUCCUGGAAGCGCUGCCUGCCACCUUAUAACCCGCACGAAAACGAUAUUAUAGGCCCUACAGAAACCUGUGGCUCGCCUUUCUUCGUGCGUAAAGCUUUUGCGCACACCGCCGAACUGCCUCAGAGACUGAAUAGGUGCGCUAUACUCGUCGAGCAUCAGAGCGCAGUGCCAAGAUGCAGAAACGGAGCAGCGACGUCUGAAGGUGACAUGAACCUGGGGAUAAUCAAGAGCAGCAGGCGUACACUGAACAAGAAGUGGAGAUAGCAACUGAAAGAAAAAACACAACCGUCGGUGUCUUGAAACAAAAACUUGCGCUUUUCCUCUGAUGCAGAGAACCAAGAGCUGUCAUCCAAAGUAGCCUCACGUUUUUACUGACUGGAGGAGAGAGCACACACUAAUUAAGCUGCAGACAGUUGAGAUUCAGGAGAGGAGCGAAAAAUGGCGACGUUAAUCAGAAACAAGCUUUCUAAUAAACUGUCAAAUGCAGCCACCGCCGUCUCCAACAAAUCCCAGGCGAAGGUGAGCGGCAUGUUCGCCAGGAUGGGGUUCCAGGCCGCCACCGACGAGGAGGCUCUGGGCUUCGCCGCCUGCGAUGACCUGGACUACGACCACCGGCAAGGCAUGCAGAUGGACAUUUUGACAACCGAUGAGAUGGGAGGAGAGGGGAGCGGAGAUGGAGGCGGGCUGGAGGGGGACAGCCACUACCAGAGGGACGGCACCGGUCCGCCGCACUCAGCCUCAAAAGACGGAGAACCGGCGAACGAGCUGUCUGAAGUCAGACCAAAAAUCACCGCAUGGGAGGCGGGCUGGAACGUCACGAAUGCAAUCCAGGGGAUGUUUGUUCUCGGGUUGCCCUACGCCAUCCUGCACGGAGGAUACCUCGGACUCUUUCUCAUUAUUUUCGCCGCCGUUGUGUGCUGUUACACGGGGAAAAUCCUCAUUGCCUGCCUGUACGAGGAGGACGAAGACGGGCAGCUCGUCCGUGUGAGGGACUCCUAUGUGGACAUUGCCAACGCCUGCUGCGCGCCCAGAUUCCCGUCUUUAGGUGGUCAUGUUGUGAAUGUAGCCCAAAUCAUAGAGCUAGUGAUGACCUGCAUCCUGUACGUGGUGGUCAGCGGCAAUCUCAUGUACAACAGCUUCCCCAACAUGCCAAUAUCCCAGAAGUCGUGGGCCAUCAUCGCCACCGCCGCCCUGCUCCCGUGCGCCUUCCUCAAGAACCUGAAAGCCGUCUCCAAGUUCAGCUUGCUGUGCACACUGGCCCACUUUGUCAUCAACGUCCUGGUGAUAGCGUACUGCCUCUCCAGAGCGAGGGACUGGGCCUGGGACAAGGUCAAGUUUUACAUCGAUGUCAAGAAGUUCCCCAUCUCCAUUGGGAUUAUCGUGUUCAGCUACACCUCGCAGAUCUUCCUGCCGUCCCUGGAGGGGAACAUGCAGAAACCCAGCGAGUUCCACUGCAUGAUGAACUGGACUCACAUCGCUGCCUGCAUCCUCAAGGGCCUGUUCGCCCUGGUGGCCUACUUGACCUGGGCUGACGCCACCAAGGAGGUCAUCACAGACAACCUGCCCCCGACCAUCAGAGCUGUCGUCAACCUCUUUCUAGUGGCCAAAGCUUUGCUGUCGUAUCCGCUGCCGUUUUUCGCUGCUGUCGAGGUAUUAGAGAAAUCAUUUUUCCAGGACGGAGGACGCGCGUUCUUUCCAGAUUGCUACGGAGGCGAUGGACGCCUAAAAUCCUGGGGACUCACUCUGCGAUGUAUCCUUGUUGUGUUCACCUUGCUCAUGGCCAUCUAUGUGCCACACUUCGCCCUCCUCAUGGGUCUCACUGGCAGCCUGACAGGUGCGGGCCUGUGCUUUCUGCUUCCCAGUCUCUUCCACCUCAGGCUUUUAUGGAGAAAGCUGCUAUGGCACCAGGUUUUCUUUGAUGUCGCCAUCUUUGUAAUAGGAGGUAUAUGCAGCAUAUCUGGGUUUAUCCACUCCAUGGAAGGGCUCAUAGAGGCUUUCAAAUACAACAUAGAAGAUUAGAUGCAAGCCAUUGCUGGAACUAGAUGUUAAAUGCAAACCCCCCAUUUAGUGAGAAAAAAAUUAAAAACACACAACCUCCCCGGCAAGCGCAGCCCCCUUCUGCUUGAUUCAUGCGUAAAAAGCGCGCACACAACACAUUUCAGCGCUCAUACAGUCGUGUAUUGAUUCAGAAAAAACGCGCGCACACACAGACACACACUUACACACACAGAGAAAUAGAGCCGAUGGCAGUGAGGGAAUCCAGUGCAUCCACUACACACUAUAUGGACAAUACAUGUUGUAUAAAUAUGCGAACAUAUACAUAUUUUCCAGUGGAGUGAACGUUUACAAUAUUGACCUUAAACUAAAUUUGCAACAAAGGGCAGUUUGUCUUGUCGUCGCUCUUGUGGUGCUUCCCCACAUGAGACUUCACUUCAUGUAACGCUAGAGUUUGUGAUGGACGGACUUUCGACAGCAUAACGUGAUUUAAGAUGAGUUUAUUUCAAAAAGAGAAAACUAACAUUAAGAAAUGCCACUUUCGUCUAUAGGUAAUUUGCAAUAUGAUGCAGUGAAUGUGGUGUUUAAAAUCCAGAAACAAAACAAAAAAAAAGCCUGGUGGACACACAAUAACACAAUGGCAAUAACCAGCAGUAGAAACACACAUAUAGAAAUAUGUAAAAGAAAAAGCGGGGUUUCGUUAGACAUGUGGAAAUUGGACCUUCCUUCCUUCUCCUCCCCCUGAGCAGUUUGAAAUACUGGAAAUGCAAAAUAUCAAAGUACACAGCAGCUAUACAAACUAUGCAUUGAAUGUAUGAUAUUUCAGACACACAAAACAUAACGAAACUGGGAAGUGGAAAUGAAACAAAUCCUCCAAAUUUCGAUUCUUCUGCGUUAAAAUGUUAAAUGCUUUGAUAUUUGUUUUCUCCAAUAUUUGAAAUUUAUUUUACUGAGCUUUGAAAAUCGGCACCAGACCUGGGAUACUCCCCUGCAGCCCCUGGCCCAAAUUUCAGCUAUAAGAUGGGGACCCCAAAUUGAAAUCCUGCACACUUGAUUAACCAUAAAGCUUUUU